AGGGGGAUCAGGUCAUCGUUCAAGAAAAGUUGCGGGAGUAAUACCCGAUGUCAGCACCUUAUAAGCGUAACCAUUAGCGUCGGUUGGCGUUGUGCAAGCACCACACAAAACCACAAUACUCAAUACUCUCUGGCAAGCAUUCGAAAACACACUUUAUUUGAGCUUCACACAAAAUUCCACAUUACGUUAAUUAUAACUUAACGUUUGCCGUUUCGGUUACGUACAAAAACUCUUUUAAUACCCCCCCCCCUUUUCUUUCCAACGCAACAAUAUUUCACUACAUUAUUUUAUAAUUAAUUUACAGACAAAGCAAUCCCUUAACGAAGUGGAUUUGAUUUUUCCGCAGUCAUAACAGAAACGACAAAAACAAAACAAACACUUUUUCGCGGACUGUUUCAGCUAAUGCCAGCAUUGAUAGCAGCUGUUAUAUAUCAGCAUCAUUUGUAUAUUCUCAGGUGUGCAUUCAGUCCUUCGCUGACAACAGUAGUUCCUUAUUGCGGUGUCUGCAAAUAUAUAACAAUAUAUAAUAAACGACUAAAUAGGAGGGGUUUAAUCAUAAGUGGAGGGGAAUUCAGUGCUGCAAUAUUGGCUGUUCUGCUGUGUAUCUGCAAAUGCUACAUUUGAAAAGUUACAUACAUGGCGUCGUACGCGUCGUAUGUGGAACGAGUCUGUCUUAUGAUGUCUGUGUUAUGAAGGUUAGGUUUGGGAAUUGAAAGUGGGUCAUGAAAUUCUUUAAAUUGGACUUCGAUGGCGCAUUCUUUAAUGCCGAUGUAAUAUAAUAAAAAACGUGUCCGACCACACGAGAUCGUUCAAAAUAUUAAUAAUAUCAAUUUGAUAUCCUGAAUAUGAGAAAUGAGAACUUAGCAACUUGGACUUGUUUGUAAUCCUUAUCGAUUAUUGUGGAUUUUGAUGAGCAUUUGAAGUUAUAUUUGCAAUUACUUACUGUAUUUAUUUUCUGUCAGCUAAUAGUAUUAUUUAUAAUUUACUUUAAACAUGACUCUUUCAGGUUGAAAUUAAUUUUUAGAUGAUUGUAUGAUAACCAUUUUUACAUGAACAGAAUUGAGUAUCAAAUAUUGAAGCAAUGAGCGAGGUAGUAGUCCUGUCAUCGGGAGAUGAUUCAGAACCUGAAAAGGUUGUCAAAAAAGAAUAUGUUGAGGAAGAAAAAGGAAGCAAAAGACACCUAGACCAUUCAAAUGAGUCUGCAAAGAAACGAAAAAUUGUACCAACACCUGUAGGACAAGUAGAAAAUAAACCAAAGGAAAUAUCAAAGAGCAAUGGUUCUGCAAGUCCUUUGACUGAAAAUCAUGAAGUUGUCUUUAAUGAGUUUGUAGAUGACUGUUUAAGAUUAGAUAGUAGCAGCAACAUGAAAAAAAUAAUCGAGAAGAAAUUGAAAAAAUAUUAUUUCCUUUUGGUACCUGCAUAUCGCAGUUCAGAGCAGUUUCAAGUUUUCUUGGAAAGAAAAAGUGCAGAAAUGCAGCGCAGCCCUUCACAGCGAUUCAUACAUUUAAAAGAAGUUGUGGACGAGUUGAAUGUUCAUCGUUCUGAUAAAAUUAGUGUGCGAGAAUCGAAAGUUUCUGACCAGUUUGUAAGGAAACUAUGCAAAGCAAUGGAGUUAUUACAUCGGAAGAUAAAGAAACUUGAGGAGAAGCAAGUUGAUUGGGAAGAUGAUAAUGACUCAACUUACAUUCAGAUGCAGCGGUAUCGAGAAAGACUGAUAAAGAUUCAUGCCAAAUUACAAGAAUUGGAAGGAAAUACAUCAUCUGUAUUUUGCAGGAGAAUAUCUUUCUCAGGUUCUAAAACAGUUGAACUUCAUCCAAGACAGAAAUAUAUUCUUCUGCUUGCCAAUUGUCUUAAGCGCCAGCUGUUACCGCCUCAGAGUGUCAUCACUAAAAUGAAUAUUGUAAGAAUUGAUACAGAUCAUGUUGAAGAGCAGAUGAGAGCUUCCAGUACACAGUUUCCAAAAGUGAACAGAGCCAUUGAAAAAUAUGUUAAUACCAAAAGAGAGUUCCCGGACUUCAAAGAUAUUCAUGAUCUUCUGAAAAUCUCAUAUCACAAUGAAAAUAUUGAAAUCUCAAAAGAAAAGCUAAGACGAGAAGCAAAAUCAGUAUUUCUAGAUAUUGGUGAGCAACUGCAGAAAUUGCGAAAAAAUGAAUUCUGGGAAUCACACCGAACCUACUUGGAAGAAGAAAACGAUCCUGCAGAUCAAAAUGAAGAAUUGAAAAUAAAAUUGGAUGAAAAUAGGAAGACAUUCCAAGAGAAAAUUGAUGAGGUUAUCAACUCUUUUGCAGAAGAAAAGGUCAAAAAGGCUCAAUUUGCAUCAGAAGAUAGUAAUUCUUCUGAAGCAGUUAACAAAGGGAUCAAUUCAGAAGAUGAAAAUGGGGAAGAAUGCGAGGGGGAUGAGGAGUGCAAUGCUGACAGUGAUGAAGAAGAGGAGGAAGAGGAAGAAGAAAAUGAGACAGUAGAGACAAUGGAUGAUAUUCUUGGUGAAAUUGGAGAUGAAGAAGCUGAAGAUAGUGAGUCUUAGAUUUCUAUUUGUAAUUUUUGUUAUAUUAUGUUUCAGUUCAUAAAUUAUGCAAUAAUGAAUAAAGGGAUAAAAAUUCUCGGAUGAAAAAUUUGAAAUGUGUUUCUUUUCUUGAUGUAAAUGAGAGAAUUUAACACAAUGAACAAGUUAACUUAAAGAAUAGUAUUCCUUUAAUUCUGAGAGGAGGAAUUUUGAUGUUCAAUUUUACCAAUAGUCUAAGAUAAAUGUGACUACAAUGAAAGUUCCCAUGGUAGUCACAAGGUGUGACUCUGAAAGGAACAAUUUAUUUUAUUAUAUCACUGCUGAUAUGUAAGCUUUAAGUUGCGUGCAUUAAUAGGAUGAGAAUUUGAAGAAGCGAAUUUUUUCAAAUUUGAUUUCUAAAGUUCAAUAUAGUCAAAAGCCUCUAGUCAUACGUUAACACUGUUUCCUUUAAUUUUUACUUUUUUGCACUGUUAUGUCACACUGUCACAUGUCUGAAGACAAAGUAUUUUUGUUUUUUAUUACUACUACUACUACGACUAUGACUACGACCACGACCACCUCCACCUCUAUGACCACCACCACGGUAAAGCAUUUGAUUUCCUUAACCGCUUUCUCCGUUGCUCUAAGAAGAGGAUCUCGUAUGUUAAUUAGGUGAAUAAAAGGGCUUUCAAAGAAUGGACCUGUCAGUGUACACAUGGGGUAAUUUAGAGCCAGUUUUGAGAACAUUUUGAAAAUAUUGUUGGUGCUUUGUAAAGCACCCCGAAAAAACAAAAUAUCAGUUUCAAAGUCAAGGGGCUGUGACAUUUGCCAUAUCAUUUGGGGAAUAUCCUCUGUACAGUUUAGUAUGUAUUGUUCACAGACAGACAAAAAAGACCCUAGAUAUGGCAGAGGCAGAGAGUGCAUGUAAUGUCAGGUGGGGCAAGGGGUACUGCUUGAUGCUGAUCCGGAAGAGAAAAAAUAUUGCAAAGAAUAUUCACAUCAUCAGCAGUGGGAAUUGUUCUUCCCUUUUGAAUCAAUGAGGACAUAUUGUUUACAUGUAGUAGUAGUAAGUGGGGCAAUUGGCAAUGAAUUGGAAGGGUGAAUAAAGUCCAUCAUUUCAAUGCAGUAUUUCUGCCCCCUGAGAUCAUUGUUGAAGGUACAACUGUAACAAAUCUACAGCAAUAUCAUGAAUUCCAUUCAAUGAUAAUUUUGAAAGUAAAAUAUUCUGAUCAAUGACAUUAAGUGCUUGUGAAAGAUUUAAAAAUAUUCAAAUAGGUACUUCAUUUUGAUUCAGUGAUGAAAUGACAUCUUAAAGAAAAAAAAUUAUUGUCUGUUUCCGUAGAUUUUAAUUGUGUUGAUAAUCUGGAAAUGCUUUAUUUUUUCAGAGAGGUUUCCAUUCAUACUUUAAAAAAAAUACUCUCUAAUAUUGUUUAAUAACUAUCAAAAGAGAAAUUGUCUGAUUCUUUUAAUUUCAUUUUUAUUGUCUUUUUGAAGAGGCUUAAUGUUAACUGUUUAUGAAGUAUCUGGUAAUGUUCCAGUGCAUAAGGGUGCAUUAGAUAUAAAAGUUGGUGAAUCAUGGUUGGCAAGUCUGUAACAGUAAAUUCGCAAAUUCAUCAACACUGACUGAAUAUUUAUUUUUUUUGUUUCCGAUUACUUUUGAGAAUUUCAUGGGUUUUUAAGUUUCAGAAACAAACAUUGUGCUAAAAAAAUUGGGGGAAAUGACUGUUGUAGAAUGUAGUGGCUUAAGACCCUUCAUUACCUCAACUGCAAUUCUCAAAUAAUAUUCAUUGAUGAGACUAGCAACUGUUCCUGUAUUAUUCACUUUCCCAUCAUUAUCUUUGAAAACAAUAUUCUCUACCAGGUUUGUGGUUGUUGUAUUUUUUUACUCUACUCCACAUUGCUUUUGAUUUAUGAGAGUUCAAAAUAUCCUCAUCAUGCUUCAUGAUUUUAGCCUGCCUUUGACUUUUCUUUAUAUUGAUUUGUGUUUUUGGAUAUUGAGUACAUGCAUGUACAUAAGUUCAAAUUCUUGCUUGAGAAAAUAUUUCAGUUGGAAACAUUCACAGAGGCGUUUUGGGUCCUAGAUAGUGCACAAGUGAAGUAAUUUGUUGUUGGCUGUAAAAACAUCCAAUCCA